CAGCUGGGCGUGCAGGAAGACGCCCACGAGUUCCUCCGCCUUGCUGUCGAUGCCAUGCAGAGCGCUUGCCUGAGCGGAAGCAGCGACUUGGACAUCUCUUCCCAAUCGACUACCGUCGUCCAUCAAAUCUUUGGGGGCUGUCUGAGAUCCAGAGUCACGUGCUUGAGCUGCAAGGCAGUUUCCAGUUCCUACGAGGCCUUCCUGGACGUUCCUUUGGACGUGAAAGCAGCCUCUUCUGUCACCGAUGCUCUGGAGGGCUUUGUCCGACCUGAGCGGCUGGAGGGCGAAAACUGCUAUCGGUGUAGCCAGUGUGAGAGGAUGGUCGCCGCCUCCAAGAGGUUUACAAUCCAUCGCGCGCCCAUGGUUCUCACGGUGUGCCUGAAAAGGUUUGACGAUUUCACCGGCGGGAAGAUCAGCAAGGUUGUGGAGUACCCCGAGUACUUGGACCUUCGCCCGUACACGUCUCACGCAGCUGGGGAGCCCCUCCUCUACUCCUUAUAUGCUGUCGUGGUGCACCGCGGUCCCAGCUGUUAUCACGGACACUAUUUC